UCUUCGGUGUCGCUGUGGAUCGGGGAGAACAUGGGGAAGCUCCAGGAGUUUGCGAUCACGUUUGACAAGAACAAAGUGGUCUACAGUCCGGGCGAGUCUAUCUCCGGGACCGUGACCAUCAAAGUCGGCCAGUCGCUGCCUUGCAAAGCCAUCAAAGUGAACUGCAAUGGUUUCUGUGGCGUCACUAAUAAGGUAAAUGACACAGCGUGGACGGUGGAGGAGCAGUACUUCAACAGCACCGUGUCUGUUGCAGACAAAGGAACCUUGAAACAAGGAGAACACACUUUUCCCUUCAAGUUCCUCAUACCAGCCUCUGCUCCCACAUCUUUUGAAGGCAACUACGGUAGGAUCAUUUACAGAGUGAGGGCUUUCAUUGACACACCGCGGUUUGCCAAGGACUACAACACAGAGAAACCUUUUUACCUGCUGAGCCCUCUAAACCUGAAUGAAGUGCCAGACAUAUGGGGAACCUGUUCAUCUGCAGUGACCCAGCAGUUCACCUACAUGCUGGUGAAAACAGGCACAGUGGUCCUGAAGGCCCAGACCGACAUGAAGGGUUACACACCGAACCAGAUCAUCCAGGUGACAGCCAACAUCCACAACCAAUCUGGGAAGUCCACAGGCAACAUGGCGGCCAGUCUCAUGCAGAGGGUGACCUAUGAGACGAAGAGGCCCACCCAUGAUCUGAGAACCAUAUCGGAGGUGGAGGGAGGUGUGGUGAAGGCCGGCAAGGAAGUGGAGUGGAAGGAGCAGAUCAUCGUUCCUCCUCUCCCACAGUCCUCCCUCGCCGGAUGCGAUCUUAUAAAGAUUGAAUAUUAUGUUAAAGUCAGUCUAAAAUCUCCAGAUGUCAUGUUGACGUUACCCAUCCACAUCGGAAACGUCUCACUAGACAAAAAACUGCAGCCCUCCAAAAAAGCAGCUCCUUCUUCCUCUGCUGCAGCUGAGGAUACACCAGCCUCAGCCCCAGCCUCAGCCCAAGCCUCAGCUUCUGCCACUGACACCUCCACCUCUGCCUCCACUCCCACACUGCCUCCUCGCCCUGCCCCAAAACCCGCUCCCCGUCCCAUCCCUCGCUCCAGGAUUUCCUCCCAUAAUUCCCCCAGCGCUCCUCCGGCUGAGUACCACCAGGGAGCAGAGGGCGGGACUCCGUUGAACGAUGGCUUCCCCAACAAGCGGCAGUCUCAGCUGGUGUCGCCCAACGCUUUCAGCUAUGCUCCCGGCCUCUUUUUCUCCCAGAACCAGCAGCAGGGCGGACCUGGUACUGCACCCAAUGGGCCCAUGUUCAGUGGGUCCUCAGGGGCCACAGCACCUUACCCCCCUGGGAACGGUGCUAGCUUAGGACCAUCACCACUCAUCGUGCCUCCAGACUAUGGCACCUCAGGUUAUCCACAAGAGGCCCCUCCUUCCUAUGAUGAGAGCUGCAACACAUGAAGUGGAUCAGGACCCAGGAACCUCCCACCAGGAUGACGAUCAAUUCACCCUGAUAUCAAACAAAAUGUUGAACCCAAACUGAAGUUCAUCUGCCAUGUUGAUGAAUUUCCAAAAUAAGAGUCCUGUCAUUUGUAAAAAGUUAAAACUAACUUCGACUAAAUGAUUAUAAGACGUAAAGGAAACCUAAGGUAACCUUCUCUGAUAAGGUUAUUUUAGGCCUCAACCCCCAGAGUUGAGCUGAAUUUCAAGUUUUUCUAAAUGUACCAGAAUCAGCAUUUUGAAUUGAAAUGAAUGUGAGUUGAACUCGGACUCUGCUGCCUGGGGAACAAAUAGCUGAACUAACCUAAUGGGGUUUUUUCUGUCCUGCAAACUAGCCGUAGCCAAUCGACACAUUCUUUUUAAAAAUCAAUGGUUUUUGUUUGUUUUAAGCACUUUGAAAGGAAAGAGAAGAGGAACAGGAGGAACAUGUUGAAUUUUAUUUUGUUCUUUGUACAGUAACAGGAGUCAAGUUUUUACUUGUGGGUCAUUUAGAUAUAUAGAAGUAGGUGGCAUCUGUGAUGUCAAGUUUGAAAGUGUCAUGAUAGAAAACAAAACAUCUUAUCUAGUAGUCUAAUAUCUUUCUUUCUUUUUUUUUGUUUUUCAAAAGCCAAAUAAGAAACAAACCUGUGGGUUUUUUAAAGGAAACAGGUGAAAUCAUCUUUAUUCUUUGAAUAUUUAAGACUGGAUGAAAGAUGUUUAGAAAGAUCUUUUUUUUAUUUGCCUUUGAUUAGGUGUUUUCAGAUUUAUAAUGGUGAUGCUCAAUCCCAAUACUGCUGUUGGAUGUUGUCUACAUAUAGCUUUUGAUCCAAUUUAGCCUUUUACAAUUUCUGCCGUGUUUGAUCAUUUGUUGUGUUCAUGUCCUUGACCUGUGUUGUGACUGUAGACUUCCUUCUAGAAAAAGUGUAGUGUAUCCUCCUUCCCCUGCUGAAUGUUUGUUGGUCCUGUUCAUGCCAGACAUCCCUUCUGUGUCUGAUUUCUUUUAAUAAUUGAAGAAUAAUGCAACAUCACUGUGAUUUAAUUUUUAAUUAUUAAUAUUUUUUGGCCAUUUUUGAUGUUCACAUCAACAAUUUCAAUCACAGCUGUGUGAAUGUUUUUCCUUGAUUAAAUUAAAUCCAUCCAACAUGCAGAAAAACAACAUUUAUUUAUUGUUUUGAGUGUUUUUCAGCUGCUGUCUGGAUUCCAAUAAAUCUGUUCAACCUG